AUGGAGCAGGGAGGUCCCUUCUCGGGACCAGGCAAGACAAGUGCAGCACACCCGCUCUUGCCUUCGGGACACGUUGAGGAAGAGUCUCCAGGAAUUCAGCUGGAUGAUCAACACCCAGAAGUCCUCUCUUCUUCCCAGUCAGAGCAUGAACUUUUGGGACUGAGAUUCGACAGUCGCCAGAAGAGGGUGUUUCUCCCGGGGGACAAACAGCUGAAACUGCAGUCCUUCAUAAUGCGCCUCAAGGUGUCUCAUAACCCUAAGGUUCAGACAUGCAUGAGAGUCCUCGGUCUGAUGGUGUCAGCUACAGAAGCAGUCCCAUAUGCUCAAUUUCACCACCACCCUCUUCAGGCAACAAUACUCAGGCGUUGGCGCAGAAGUUCGCUGCACCAGAGAAUAUCCUUCUCAAGAGGAAUCAAGAGAUCCCUGGAGUGGUGGCUGAACCCCUACCGCCUAUCUGAAGGUCGGAUAUUCACAAAACCAUCCUGGCAGAUUGUCACGACGGCCUCAAGGGAUAUCAUUUCAGGGCUGGUGGUCUCCGGAAGAAGCUCUUCUACUGAUCAAUCUUCUAGAAAUCAGAGCAAUUCGCCUAGCCCUACAGUCUUGGCUAGAACACUAACUGUGGAACAAAUCUCCCAGGACAGAGAUCAGUUUGCCAAACUAGUUCGAGAAGUGGCAGCCCCUGAUGUGGGACGCAUGGGUAUUGAAAUCCUCAGUUUUACCAUCAAGAAUCUUCCUCGGUCUCCUUUCUCUCUACGGGAUGUGUAUAACAAGGUUGAAUAUCUAAGUUCCCUUGGUAAAGCUCAGACUGCUGCUGUUAGGAGAGAUGCUGAUAUUGGAGUGGCUGAAGCAGAACGUGAUGCUGGUAUAAGGGAAGCAUUGUGCAAGAGGGAAAUGCUUGAUGUGAAAUACCUUGCUGACACAAAAAUGGCUGACUCCAAACGUGAAUUUGAAAUGCAGAAAGCAGGGUUUUCCCAGGAAGUUAACACUAAAAAAGCAGAGGCCCAGCUGGCUUAUGAACUGCAGGCUGCCAAAGAACAGCAAAAGAUCCGACAGGAAGAAAUCGAGAUUAAAGUUGUGCAACGUAAGAAGCAGAUUGACAUUGAAGAGAAAGAGAUUGUCCGUAUGGACAAAGAACUGAUAGCCACUGUCAGAAGGCCAGCUGAAGCAGAGGCAUACAGAAUGCAGCAAAUAGCUGAAGGAGAGAAGGUGAAGCAGGUGCUCUAUGCUCAAGCUGAAGCUGAAAAGAUUCGGAAAAUUGGAGAUGCUGAAGCUGCUACCAUUAAGGCUAUUGGCAAAGCUGAAGCAGAGAAAAUGAAGCUGAAAGCAGGGGCCUACCAGCAGUAUGGUGAAGCAGCAAAAAUGGCUAUGGUGUUGGAAUGCCUACCCCAGAUUGCUGCCAAAGUAUCUGCUCCUCUGGCUAAAGUGGAUGAAAUAGGCAUUCUUAGUGGGGAUAACAGCAAAAUAACUGGAGAAAUGAAUCGGUUGCUUGCUGAGGUCCCAGCUUCAGUACAAGCACUUACUGGAGUGGAUCUCACGAAGAUUCCCCUGAUCCAGAAAGCCACAGGCAUCUUGGCGUAAGGAUAAGAAUAAUGAGUCCACCUCCAUAUGCACUCAACAUGAGAUUGCCUUCAACAAUGACAGGACUCUAUUUUUUACAAAAAAAA